AUGAGCAUGGAAGCCGUCGGUGUACUGAUGAUGUCUCCGAUGAAUUCUUAUCUCGAAGAGGAAUUGGAUAAACGCUUCAAGCUUUUCCGCCUGUGGAACUUCCCUCAAAAGGACGACUUCUUGAAACAGAAUUCCGAUUUCAUCCACGCUAUUGUUGGAAACCCAUUCUUCGGUACCGAUCGAGAAUUGAUCGACUCGUUGCCGGUUUUGGAGAUCGUGUCGAGUUUCAGUGUCGGAUCAGACCAUGUAGAUUUGGCAUAUUGUAAGGAGAAAGGAAUUAGUGUUACAAAUACACCCGAUGUAUUAAACGAGGAUGUGGCUGACACAGCGAUUGGAUUGAUAUUAGCGACAUUGAGAGGGAUCUGUACGAAUCCAACACUCACUGGACUCAUCUUUCCUAUCCCUGUUGACCUCAGACAACCAACCUUGAUCAUGGAAACCAUCGGUGUACUGCUAACGACUCCGGUGUAUUCUUACCUCGAAGAAGAACUGGAUAGCCGCUUCAAGCUUUUCCGCAUCUGGAACUUCCCUCAAAAGGACGAGUUCUUGAAGGAGAACUCCGAUUUCAUCCGCGCCAUCGUCGGAACCCCCAAUUUUAGUGUCAACCGAGAAGUGAUCGACUCGUUGCCGGCUCUAGAGAUCAUAUCGAGUUUCAGUGUCGGAUUAGACCAUGUCGAUUUGGCGUAUUGUAAGGAGAAAGGAGUUAGUGUUACAAAUACACCGGAUGUAUUGACGGAGGAUGUCGCUGAUACAGCGAUUGGAUUGAUAUUAGCGACAUUGAGAGGGAUCUGUGAGUGCGAUCGGUAUGUUAGGGCUGGAUUGUGGAAAAAAGGUGACUUUAAAUUGACUACUAAGGUUAGAUUUCUUCAUCUCCUCUUAAAUUUUUUCAGUGAUCUCAUCUACGUAUAG